UCCGCCUUGGUAGCUUCGCAGCCUGAGUGUGACAGGAGCUGGGGUACAGCGGAGGGCCGCAGGGCACUGCCAGCUGGAGAAAUGACUUGUACGUUGCUGGAGUUCUGUCGCUUCCAGGACAUCAAGCCCAUCAGGGACUUCUUAUUCCCAUCACUACGCGAGGAGAAAAAGAGUCCGGAGAAUUUGUCUAACUGGGAAGAUGAAGACUGGGGUGCAUGGGAAGAUCACGAAAAAAAAGAGCCGACAGAAGAAGAAGUCUCCAGCAACGCACCAUCUGUCUAUUGGCUGCAAGACUGCGUGGUAUCCUUAUCACCUACAAAUGAUCUUAUGGUGAUUGCCUACGAGCAGAAAGCCGCAUUUCUAACACCAAAAUGGAAAGCAAAUGAAAAAGGAAAAGAGGAAAUGCAAUAUGAAGUGAUGUGGAGUGGUUCUUUAAAUGUGGAAGAGAAUGAGUAUAUCCGCAGUGCCCUGUGUAUUCCUUUGGCAAGCCAAAAAAGGAGCUCUACUGGGCGCCCAGACUGGACUUGCAUUGUUGUUGGAUUUACCUCUGGUUAUGUGCGAUUUUAUACAGAGAGUGGUGUAUUGCUUCUUGCUCAACUGUUAAAUGAAGACCCCAUCUUGCAACUUAAAUGUCGAACUUAUGAAAUUCCACGACACGCUGGUGUCACAGAACAGCAUGAAGAAUUGAGCAUAUUGUAUCCAUCUGCAGUGGUGACCAUUGAUGGGUUUAGCCUUUUCCAGUCACUGAGGGCUUGUCGCAAUCAGGUAGCAAGAGCUGCUGCAUCAGGAAAUGAGAAUGUGCAGCCUCCACCAUUAGCGUAUAAGAAAUGGGGCCUGCAGGAUGUCACCUCUAUUGUGGACCAUGCCAGCGUUGGUGUGAUGGCUUUAACUCCAUUUGAUCAGAUGAAGACUGCCUCCAUUUUGGGAGGCUUUAAUGCAGCUAUAAAAAGCAGCCCUCCCACUAUGUCCCAGUAUAUUACUGUAGGCUCAAAUCCAUUUGCUGGUUUCUUUUUUGCCCUGGAGGGAAGUACACAGCCAUUAUUAUCUCAUGUUGCUUUAGCAGUUGCCAGCAAGCUCACUUCUGCACUCUUCAAUGCUGCCAGUGGGUGGCUGGGCUGGAAGAGUAAACACGAAGAAGAUCCUCAGCAGAAACAGAAACCCAAAGUUGAGCCUGCUACUCCUCUUGCAGUUAGGUUUGGCCUCCCAGAUUCAAGACGUCUUGGAGAAAGCAUCAGCCUUUCCCCAUGUAACACCUUGGCAGCCGUAACUGAUGACUUUGGGAGAGUCAUUUUAUUGGAUGUGGGAAGAGGACUUGCAAUUAGAAUGUGGAAAGGGUACCGUGAUGCUCAGGUUGGAUGGAUGCAAAUAGUGGAGGACAUACAUGAAAGGGAAUCAGAGAGAGGCAAUGUUUCUGCUUUUGUAAAUAUCCCAGGACCAAGUCGUGUGGCUCAGUAUCUUGUGAUCUAUGCACCUCGCAGAGGCAUUCUUGAAGUAUGGAGCACUCAGCAGGGCCCGCGUUUGUAGGAGCUUUUAAUGUCGGAAAAACACUGCAGGUUACUGUAUCCUGGGUAUAAAAUAAUGGGUUUAAAUAAUGUGACCAGCCCAGGGUGGCAGCCACUGACUUACCAGAUUUGCCUAAUUGAUCCAAUCUCUGGAAGUGUUAGAACUGUGAACACGUUUCAUCUGGCGUUAAGUGAUAAGAAAUGUGAAAGAGCAAAGGAUAUGCAUUUAGUAAAGAAACUUACAACGUUACUGACAGCCAAAGUCCUCAAUCAUGAUCGCCUGGAAGUUGAAGCCAAAGAAAUUAUUUUAGAUAUUAAAUAUCCUGCAACUAAGAAACAGGCUUUAGAACGCAUACUUGCCAGUGACAGAGUCCCACUGUCCUCUCUAACCAGCAUUACCCAAGUAUUAAGGGAUUCUCUUAGAAGUCAAGAGCAUGAGAGCGUUGAUGAAGGACUGCUGCAGUUCUGUGCAGACAAGCUUAAACUUCUACAACUUUAUGAAGCCGUCAAAAAAAUCAACUCCUUUGUGACCGAGACCAACACCUCACCCUCAAAUAAAGAACUAGCCAACUUAUUAAGAUUGGAGGAAGCCGAGUUAACCAGACUGCAGAAUGUAAUUAGGAAAUACAAGCAGGAAAACACUAAAACGGGUGUGAGAUUUGCAGAGGAUGAAGAUGGCAUCUUACCUGUAAAAACAUUCCUAGAAUACCUUGAAUGUGACAAGAACGCUAUUAAUGUGAAGAAGAUAAGUGAUGAGGAUUACAUAGCAUUAGGUAACUUCUUCUUCUGGAAGUGUCUGCAUGGAGAGUGCUCCACACAGGAUAUGUGCCAAACCCUGGAUGCUGCUGGUCUAAGUCCCCAAUUGCUACUGUCCCUACUUCUCAGAGUGUGGCUUUCCAAAGAGAGAGAAAUCCUGGAGAACACACAGUCCUUGUGUUGCCUUCAUAGCAUGCUGUCCCUUCUAAGCAAGAUGAAAGUGGCCAUUGAUGAGUCUUGGGAUGUACAAUCUGUGUCUCCCUGGUGGCAGCAGAUGCGCACAACCUGUGUGGAGUCUACAAGUAAUGGAGCAGCCUUAUUAUCAGCACAUAUUGGACAUUCCGUUGCUGCUUCAAUAACUAAUUCAGCGGCAGAGAAGAAAUUUUCUAAUCCUACUCAGGAGGAUGAGAUUGAAUCACUCAUGGAUUCUUGGGAAGCCCUGUCUCUGGACACUGAAUACUGGAAGCUCUUGCUGAAACAGCUGGAAGACUGCCUGAUUCUCCAGUCUUUACUUCACUGUCAAGUGAACAGGAAGACGGCCAGAAUAUCUUCUCUCCAGAUGGAGCCGCUUGGAAAACUUUCUGUCAAGAAGUUACUUGAAGGUGGAAAAGGGGGUAUAGCUGACACAGUAGCAAAAUGGGUCUUUAAACAAGAUAUCAACCCAAAUAUGUUGAAACUUGCCAGACAGAAAGGAUGCCCUGAAUCUACAGAAGAUCCGAAUGAAAGGAGUAGGAAUGUCUUCUACCCAGGACAAGAGGCUGGAGUAGAUACUGGAGAAAUUCCAGAUUUGCUGAAUUUAGCACACCAGCAUUUCCCCUGCAGCCUUAAUAUAGAUGUGCUGCACGCGCACUGCUGUUGGGAGUACAUUGUGCAGUGGAAUAAAGACCCAGAGGAAGCCCAGUUUUUUGUUCAGUCUACCGAUCACUUAAAGAAUAUUGACAACGCGCAUGUGCAAUAUGGGCUUUCUCUAAUGAUGUGGAAUACAUUUGUAAUAAAACGUUUUUCUGCUGCUGCAUAUCUAAUGGAUAAGGUUGGAAAAGCUCCAAAGGACAGGCUGUGCAGAAGGGAUGUGGGAAUGAGUGAUACAGCAAUGACCUCAUUCCUUGGAAGCUGUUCAGAUCUGAUACAGACAAUGAUGGAGGCUGACGUCAACAGGGAGGAGAUGCAGGCUCCAUUGCUGGAUGUUGAAGAUGCUUGGAUGUCAGUGGAAGGGCCCACGUCUAUAGUGGAGCUUGCUCUGGAGCAGAAGAACAUACACUAUCCCUUGGUGGAGCACCACUUUGUUCUCUCCACCAUCUUGUAUGCCAUCAUGAGGUUUUCUCUCAAAUCUGUAAAGCCACUUGCUCUCUUUGACAGCAAGGGAAAAAAUGCAUUCUUCAAAGACCUGACAUCAAUCCAGCUUCUGCCAAGUGGAAUUAUGGACCCAAGUAUAGUGAGCUUUAGACAACAAUUCCUACUGAAGGUUGUUAGUGCAGCGGUUCAGACGCUGUCCCAGUCUCAGCAUUCUACAGAAUCAGUAGAGGUCCCACCGCAGACACCAGAGAAAUAUGUCGAUUGGCCCACAACGGCUGUAGAACUGGCUCAGCAACUUCAAGUGAAUGAUGAUACAAUAAGGCGACAUUAUGUUUGUGAAUUGUACAGCUAUGGAUUGGACCACUUUGCAGAAGAGGCUAUACUACAAGUCCUUGAUAAAGAUGUACUGGCAUCACAGCUACUGGUGCUUGCUGGGCAGAGGCUGGCGUACGCUUUACUCCACACUCAGACAAAGGAGGGGAUGGAGCUGCUUGCACGACUUCCACCAACGCUGUGUACUUGGAUCAAAGCAAUGGACCCUCAGGAUCUUCAAAACACAAAUGUGCCAAUUGGAAUAACUGCAAAACUGGUGGAUAAAGUAGUUGAACUGUUGCCAGAGAAUCACGGGCAGUACAGCCUUGCAUUGAACCUUAUAGAUGCUGUUGACGCAAUGUCUUGAUUAGGACAAUCUCAGGGCAGGGAUUUUAGUGGAUUAAGUUGAUUAACCCGUUUGCUGCCACAGAGGGCUGCAAUUUUCUGCAAAGCCAGACGUUUCUGCCUUCUAUGGCAUCUAAGUGGUUAAUGCAUGGCACCUGCUAAACAUGUUGUGUUAUAUGCUAUUUCCAGAGAAAAACACAGUUAUCCUGUUAAUGUUAGAGCUGCAUUUGUAAUUAAUCAAUCCUUUUUUAUUUGGCAUUCUUAACCAAUCAGAAGAUGUUUUACCUGUAUACGUCACUAAAUAAUAUGCAAACUUAUGUGAAAAGUUAAGAGCAACUGUUACAUUAUGAUCUUUAUUUAUUUCUACAAAGGAUUUGUAAAAUAGCAGAGUAUUUGCACUUCAAUAUGAACAUAUUCUAAAGAUGCUAUAAAAAUAAACGUACAGUGAGAAAGCCUAAUAUGUAUUUUUUCAUGUACUGUAAUUUGUCAGUUUAGGGUUAGAAGUAGGUUAGUGUGCCCAGUCAUGAAAUCAAAGUGCUCUUAGUUCCACUCAGGGCUCGUACAUGGUAAAUGACACUCCAUUGCCAGACCAGAGGAAGAGCUUAAAGGGACGUAAAGAAAAUGUUGUUAGAUCUAUGAAAAAGCAGCAAAUAAACAUUUUAAAAUAUUUUUUGUACAAGUGUGAUCAAUGACCUCAUUUAGAAAUAAUUUAAUGCAUUUUAAAUGCCCUGUUUUAGAUGCCAUAAAUAAAAAAUACUUUGUUUAAAGGGAUGUGAACGUCAGAAUUGAACUUUCUUGGUUCAGAUAGAGUACGAGAGAGAGACUUUUCUGUGUACUUCUUUUGGCAAAACGACACAUAGGUAGGCUCAGGAUCAGCACUGCUGGGAGCAUGCUGGUGAUUGCUUGCUUCACAUAUGUCUCCUGUCAUUGGCUCAUCAGAUGUGUUUAACUAGCUCCCAGUAGCACAUUGCUGCUCUGGAGCUGACUUUACAUAUGUGUUCUUUGCUGGGGUUAAACUUAGUUAAAUGCAUGGAAUAGUGCAAUGUUAAAAUGCUGUAGCACAGGGCGUUUUGUUUUUGCACUUCUGUCCCAUCUAAAACAUGUUAACUCUGUGUAAGACCUCCCUACUGCUCGUGUUAUUCUAUGAUGCCUAUUCAUUUAGAGAGCGGUCUCUUUUGGGAUUCAGAUAGAGCAUGCAAUUUAAAACAACUUUCUAAUGUAUUUCUGUAAAUGUUGUUCUCUUGGUAUCUCUUGUUGCAAAGCAGGGACAAAUGCUUAGGAGAUGGUCUCUUUCUGGAGCACUAAAUGGUAGCAGUUCUGCAAGAGCACCAAAUGGCAGCACUAUCCCUGCUAUAUAGUGCUCCAGAUGCCUACCUAGGUAUUUCUUUAACACAGAAUAUCAUGAGAACAAAGCAAAUUUAAUGAUAGAAGUAAAUUAUUUAUUUUUUAUGUUAUGCUCUGUCUGAAUCAUAAAAGAAAUAAUUUGGGUGCAUAUCCAUUUUAACACAGGAAUUAGAGUGAUUCCAUGCACUAAAGAGAAAUCUUAUAUUGACAGGUGCUUGAUUAAACAGCUGCAGCGUGUAUUGGCCAUGUGGUGUGUCCCUUUAAAUGUAACCAGGAACUAUUGUAACCUUUAGUGAAUAUAAACUGAUAUCUGUGUUUUUAAUAAACCAUUAUAUCUCAA